CGCCCCUUCCGCCCUGGACUCAGGGCGGGACUUCCGGAACGUGGAUGCCGCGCCUCCGGUGCAAAUCGGAAGUUCCUCAAAAGUCGGCUUCCCUGGGCGAGGGGUAGGUGCUUUGCUCUGCGCUUGGAGGCUGUGGCCGCAGACAUGGGCAAAAGAGACCGGGCAGACCGCGACAAGAAGAAGUCCAAGAAACGGCACUAUGAGUGUGAGGAGGAAGAUGAAGAUGACGCCGCUGGGAACGACUCUCAGGAGGCGGUGCCUUCGGCCGCCGGGAAGCAGGUGGAUGAGUCCGGCACCAAAGUGGACGAAUACGGAGCGAAGGACUACAGGUCGCAGAUGCCCCUGAAGGACGACCACUCCUCCCGGCCCCUCUGGGUGGCUCCUGAUGGCCACAUCUUCUUGGAAGCCUUCUCUCCAGUUUACAAAUAUGCUCAGGACUUCCUGGUGGCAAUUGCAGAGCCAGUGUGCCGACCAACCCAUGUGCAUGAAUACAAGCUAACUGCUUACUCCCUGUAUGCAGCUGUCAGCGUUGGGCUGCAAACCAGUGACAUCACUGAGUACCUCAGGAAGCUCAGCAAGACUGGAGUCCCUGAUGGAAUUCUUCAGUUUAUUAAGUUGUGUACUGUCAGCUAUGGAAAAGUCAAGCUGGUCCUGAAGCACAACAGGUACUUCGUUGAAAGCUCCCAUCCCGAUGUCAUCCAGCACCUCCUUCAAGACCCAGUGAUCCGGGAGUGCCGCCUGAGGAAUGCUGAGGGGGAAGCCACUGAACUCAUCACAGAGACUUUCACGAGCAAAUCUGCUAUAUCUAAGACUGCAGAAGGCAGUAGUGGGCCUUCUGCUUCCCGAGCGACAGAUCCACAGGGCAAGUCGGACAUCCCUAUGGACCUGUUUGACUUUUAUGAGCAAAUGGACAAGGAUGAGGAGGAGGAAGAAGAGACACAGACGGUAUCCUUUGAAGUCAAGCAGGAAAUGAUUGAGGAACUCCAGAAACGUUGCAUCCACCUAGAGUACCCAUUGUUGGCAGAAUAUGACUUCCGGAAUGAUUCUGUCAACCCUGAUAUCAACAUCGAUCUGAAACCCACAGCCGUCCUCAGGCCCUAUCAGGAGAAGAGUCUGCGGAAGAUGUUUGGGAAUGGGCGUGCACGUUCUGGUGUCAUUGUGCUUCCUUGUGGUGCUGGGAAGUCCUUGGUUGGUGUGACUGCUGCAUGCACAGUCAGGAAACGCUGUCUGGUGCUGGGCAACUCAGCUGUGUCUGUGGAGCAGUGGAAAGCCCAGUUCAAGAUGUGGUCCACCAUCGAUGACAGCCAGAUAUGCCGCUUCACUUCGGAUGCCAAGGACAAGCCCAUAGGCUGCUCCAUUGCUAUCAGCACUUAUUCCAUGCUGGGCCACACCACCAAGAGGUCCUGGGAGGCUGAACGAGUCAUGGAGUGGCUCAAAACCCAGGAGUGGGGCCUUAUGAUCCUUGACGAGGUGCAUACCAUUCCAGCCAAGAUGUUCCGACGGGUGCUCACCAUCGUGCAGGCCCACUGCAAGCUGGGUUUGACUGCAACCCUUGUCCGGGAAGAUGACAAAAUUGUCGACUUAAAUUUUUUGAUUGGGCCCAAACUCUAUGAAGCCAACUGGAUGGAGCUGCAGAACAAUGGCUACAUUGCAAAAGUCCAGUGUGCUGAGGUUUGGUGCCCAAUGUCGCCUGAGUUUUAUCGGGAGUAUGUGGCGAUCAAAACCAAGAAACGAAUCUUGCUAUAUACCAUGAACCCCAACAAGUUCCGAGCUUGCCAGUUUCUGAUCAAGUUUCAUGAAAGAAGGAAUGAUAAGAUUAUUGUCUUUGCUGACAAUGUGUUUGCCUUGAAGGAAUAUGCUAUUCGGCUGAACAAACCCUAUAUCUAUGGGCCUACAUCCCAGGGAGAAAGGAUGCAAAUUCUCCAAAAUUUCAAGCACAACCCCAAAAUCAACACCAUCUUCAUAUCCAAGGUAGGUGACACAUCAUUUGAUCUGCCAGAAGCAAACGUCCUCAUUCAGAUCUCCUCUCAUGGUGGCUCCAGGCGACAGGAGGCCCAGAGGCUAGGGCGAGUGCUCAGAGCCAAAAAAGGGAUGGUUGCAGAGGAGUACAAUGCCUUUUUCUACUCGCUGGUGUCCCAGGACACACAGGAAAUGGCUUACUCCACCAAGCGACAGAGAUUCUUGGUCGAUCAGGGUUAUAGCUUUAAGGUAAUCACAAAGCUUGCUGGCAUGGAGGAGGAAGAGUUAGCAUUUUCCACAAAAGAGGAGCAGCAGCAGCUCCUACAGAAAGUCCUGGCGGCCACUGACCUGGAUGCAGAGGAGGAGGUGGUGGCAGGAGAGUUUGGCUCCAGAUCCAGCCAGGCGUCCCGGCGCUUUGGCACCAUGAGCUCCAUGUCUGGGGCAGACGACACUGUAUACAUGGAGUACCAUUCGUCACGGAGCAAACCUUCCACCAAGCAUGUGCACCCGCUCUUCAAGCGCUUUAGGAAGUAAUGCUGGGGUGUGCAGGACUGACCGUGGCGUUACAAGGUCUUUUGCACACAGCAUUCUCUUCCGCACCUCUAUGCUUCCCACCGUCUGGUCCGUGCUGGUCCACACGCCUGUCUUGGCUGUGUAACCAAAACUUCUCAGAGAUCUGGUGGAUCACCCAGGGCUUCAAAAAGGAAAGAAGACUAUUUUUGGAUUCUCGGACUUUAUAGACAGUAGGUCAUUCAUAUAUAGAAAAAGUUGUGCCAUUUAAGGCAUAUUUAUCUUGAUGUUCUGCUGAAUAAACAGAAAUGAAACAGUU